AUGUCUUCGGCCAAGAAUGAGUUACUUGAACUCCAAUCUAUGCUCAUUCUCGAGCUUGAGAGGCUGCAUAGCAAUUUUACAAAAGAUCCUAAGAUAAGAAAAACUGAAGAUUACAUUAAGAAGAGAUUAGAGACGUUAGAUGGAGUUUGGGAAAAAUUUAAAGACAACAACACAAUAUUGGAAACAGAAAAAGAUAGGACACAUGAAUAUUUCACAAAGGAUGUGUUUGCGGCAUAUCAAGAUUAUUAUAAAAGGACUCGUGAUAUGAUAAUGGAAUAUGGGAAACCGAACGGAAGAAACAAGCAAGACGAAAAAAUUCAAGUAGACCUGGAAAAAGUUCAAGACUAUUUAAGUUUGCAAAGAACAAACUUCAGAGCAUUUUGUAGAGUCACAGACAAUAUUGAUAUUGACUCUAUCCAUGAGAAAUGGGAGUUGGAAUACGAGUUGAAAAAUUUACAAAUUCGCUGGAACAACAUUGAAGAUUUACAUUUGAAAAUUGACAACAUUCUAGACGGAGCUGAUGCGGAAUACCAACAUCAAUAUAUAGAACUGGAAACCUUAUUCAGAUCUAUGAAUAAAGCCUUAAAUAAGAAGCUGUCUUCUACCGUUCAUUUGCAUCUUUCUACCCCCAAAAUUGAUAUUCCUACCUUUUCUGGCAAUUAUACUCAGUGGAAUACAUUUUUAGAUCUAUUCAAGGAAGCAGUGCAUAACAAUCCCGCUUUGAACAAAGUACAAAAAAUGCAACAUCUCAAAGGCAAGCUAAGGGGCGAAGCGGAGCGGCUCAUACAACAUUUGCAUAUUUCAUCUGAUAAUUAUGACUCUGCCUGGAAGAUAUUAAAUCAUCGGUACGAUAACCGUCAAGUACUUUUCACCAAACAGAUGGAAACCCUACUCAAUCAACCUAACGUUCAAAAACAAACUUCCAUGGAACUGAGACGACUUCAUGACACUUCUAUGGAGUGCAUACAUGGUAUAUACAACAUGGGUAUCGACACUUCGUCUUGGGAUCCGGUAUUUGUGCACUUAAUUGCAAAGAAAUUAGACACCGUGACGUUCAGCGAUUAUAUGGAGGCAAGAAAAUCACCACGCGAUGUACCAGACUUGGACGAAUUCAUGGAAUUUUUGGAAGCCAAAUUUAUUGCAUUGGAGCCGAUGAAUAAAAAAGAAAAGGAAUCGGUACCAACAUGUUCUUUCAAGACAAAUUCUGCACCAAAGUUCAAGCAAACCUACAAUUUUAACAAACCUGCAUUUGAGAAGCGAAAUACUUCAUACAAUAAAACAUUUCAUGUUUACUCCAAACCUGCAAUUACAUGUCCUAUUUGCAAUAAAAAUCAUGGAUUAUAUCAAUGCAAAAUAUUUGAGAAUAUGACACCGGACGCAAAACUUCAAGCCAUUUCAAAAUCAAACAUUUGUAAAAAUUGUUUGUAUGUGCAUAAAUAUGGUUGCAAUUCCGAGAAACGCUGCAAAGACUGCAAUAUGCCACAUAAUACUUUACUACAUGAGGCAAUUACUGCAAUGAAUAAGGGAGCAUCGACCUCGAACAAACAAAAUUCACUGCAGAACGUGCACGCUAAUCACGUGGCCGGUGAUGAUGACGAAAUAUUACUUGCAACAAUUCAAAUGCAAUUACGAGCCGCGGAUGGUACUUACACCACCAUGCGCGCACUUCUCGACCAAGGUUCGCAAACAACCCUCAUAACAGAGAAUGCAGCACAACUACUAGGGUUGAAACGACAUAGCAUACAUGCAUCUGUAUCUGGUAUAGGUACCUCCCCUAACAAGUGCAAAGGAAAAGUCGAACUGCAUUGCAAAUCACUCUUCAACAACUAUGAAUUCACCACUGAAGCAUUAGUAAUGACAAAGGUCAUUAACCGUUUGCCAAGUAUGACUUUUAAGAAAAAACCGUACGCGCACAUCCAACAUCUUCAGCUUGCAGAUCCGGACUACAAUAUAUCAAGGCCGGUUGAUAUUCUAUUGGAUGCAAAAGUCUACGCAGAAAUCAUUAUGGAUGGGCUGUUAAAGAGUUCACCCGAUCAACCAAUAGCACAACAGACGCAGAUGGGCUGGAUUUUGUCUGGUUCAAUAACAAAAUCAUUCAACUGUCAUGUGGUGAUCAAUAACAUCGAAGAUAUCAGCAAUUAUUGGGAGUUGGAGGAUAUCACAGAGACAAAACGACAGUUAACUAAAGAUGAACAAUUCUGCGAAGACUACUACACCAAAACGACACGUCGCUUAACAAAUGGGACAUAUGAAGUGAGAUUGCCUAUGAAAGAAGGCUUUGAAAAGCAAUUAGGCCAAUCGAAGCCUACGGCCGUUGCACAAUACAUGCAAUUAGAGCGCAAGCUAGCGAAGAACCCACAGCUAAGCGAAAGGUAUCAUGCAUUUAUGAAGGAAUACGAUGCCAUGCACCAUAUGAAAAUCUGUACAGAUAAAAGAAGUACAGAAUGCUAUCUUCCACACCACGGAGUGUUAAAAGAAGAUUCUACCACCACAAAAUUACGAACCGUUUUUAAUGCAUCGCAACUAACAUCGUCUGGCUAUAGCUUAAAUGAUUUGAUGGAGUGCGGUCCUAAGUUGCAAUCCGAUCUGCAGCUAUUGUUAUUGAGUUGGCGAGGUUACAAAUAUGUUUACACAGCGGACUGCGAAAAGAUGUACCGUAUGAUUUGGCUCCAUGAGGAGGACCAACACCUGCAAAAGAUCAUCUGGAGAGAUCAACACAAUAUCCUCAGAGAAUAUCAACUUUGCACUGUAACAUAUGGUAUGAAAGCGGCCCCUUUUCUCGCUAUUCGAACAUUGCAACAAUUGGCAAACGAUGACGCAUCAUUGUAUCCGUUAGCAGCUGACGUUCUGAAAAAGAAAUUUUAUGUGGAUGAUCUUUUACAUGGCAACAACAGCAUAGAAGAGGCAAAGCAAGUCCAACAACAGCUCAUCAACAUGCUACGCGGAGCUGGUUUCAAUUUGAGAAAGUGGUCCAGCAAUGAACCGAGCCUCCUUGCUGAUUUAACUCAAGAUCAAAUCAGUAACAAGAGUGUCAACUUCAACGAAUCUACAUCAACAAAAGCUCUAGGCCUGCAUUGGCACCCCUCAACUGAUGUUUUUGCAUUUGAGAGCAAAAUCAAUCACAUUGCAAAGCAAGACACCAAGCGUACAAUGCUGUCGGACAUUUCAAAGUUAUAA